ACAUGUUGAAGUUUUCCCCUGUGUAACUAGCGAUUUCCCUCGAAUUUUCCGCAGUCGAGCUGGAAGUCGUUGCCAUUUGCCGCCGCCAGCCGUUGACCGAAAAAAGUGUGUCAAGUUUUCGACAAAGAUCAAGUACAUCGCAGAUAGUACGUCAAAUGUGUUUUGCUGUCGUUGCCCCCGAUGCUGCAGUCGUAGUGGUAGUCGGAUUCGGAUUCGGAGAUGAAGUCGGAUGAUGCUGGGAGUCUUGUGCCCGGAGUUUCUGCAUCCGCUACCCAUGCUGCUGGCCAGGCAUUUCCAGUUGCCAUGACCAAAAUGUUCUCAAAAUCCAUUGCAAUGUGGCUUAGAUUUUGGUGCAAUUUCGUAGUGAAAGUGCAGCCGCAGCGAGUAGUAAGUGCCUGUUCCACAACAAGUUAGAAAGAAAUGUGUGGCACUCCAUCGCCAUCCGCUGGUGAUUGCUGGCGCUGCACAAGAAAGCCGCUGUGGAUCUAGAUUGUGGCUCACAGAUUGGCCAAAAUGGCUGGAUGGAUGGUGGGCUGCCUGGCUGCGUGGUCCCACAUCUCGACUUGACGAAAUCGUGUUCUGGUGAUCUUGUGGGUGCCCACUCGGCGACCCACUUGGAGCCACGGCCAGCGCCACUGCCACUGCCACCGCAGUGACCCACUCAACUGGCGGAUAAGCCAAGCCAUCCGGGUCUGGGUCAGAGAAAGGGAGAAGAUGACCAGAUACCUGACAGCGUUCACUUUUGCCACCGACAGAUGCCAACUGUCAUUGGCCAUCAACAUCAUCAAUCGAUGGGGGUCAAAGAACUCCUCCCGGCUUUCCAUGGUGUCUCUGCCGUUCUUUCUCUCUUUCUGUGCGGACGUGAGAUCGAGAUUGAAAUGGAGAUCGAUUCGAGAUAGGAAGACAGGAAGGCACCGCCACUGGGUAAUGGUGAUGGUACUGGUACUGGCACUGGCCACUGGUACUGGGGAAGAGAGUGUGCUAUUUUCAUAUGCGCACGCCGUUGCCACUGAUAACCCAAUAUCCCAGUUAAAUUUGGAACCAAAAGCCGUAAAAGUCGAGGCGAGGGAAUUUGAAUGCGCGCCGAAAGAGAGAGCCAAUAAGUCCGUUAAGUUAUGCAUAAAUCCGAAAUCCAGCUGCGUGGGCGUCCGUCAUUCAGUCGCCCAGUCAGUCAGACACUCAGUACUCACUCGUACUUUCAAUUGGAACUGCGAUUGUCAUUGUCAUUGCCCCGCCCCAUUACGCAGUGCCAUAUAAAAGCGUCAACGCAACAUGGCCGGCGUUUCUUUUACCCCAACAAUGCCGAGAAGUGCGCUCAUCGUUCCCGGUCUGAUUUGCUUUUGGUCUGCCCUGGCCUUGGCCAUGGGCGCCACCUUGGAGGCGGAUACCCUGGCCACGCGAAAGGCGCUUCUUCGCGCACGACCCGCGGUGCCGCCCGCUGCCAGGUGGGGCGCCAAUAUGCAGAUGCUGCGCCGGCACAACAGUCCUGCCUUCAACUUCUGGACGGAGGACAGCGAUACGAACAUAUGGGAGCAUUGCGGACUCUUCGAGGGCGACAUCAUGCUGCACCGCGAGCUGCUGAGGAACGGGCUGCUGAACGAGCGGCUCACCUGGCCAGAGGCCGCCGUGCCCUUCUACAUAGACCCGCAAGACUUCACCGCCAACCAGACCAUGGUCAUACUGAAGGCCUUCAAGGAGUACCACGACCGCACCUGCAUACGCUUCCGGCCGUACGAGCAGGGCGACAAGCACUGGCUGCUCAUCAAGGGCAACUACUCCGGCUGCUGGUCGAGCGUCGGCCGGCGUUCGGGUGGCCAGGUGCUCAACCUGAACACGCCCAAGUGCGUCACACACGGCGUGGUGGUGCACGAGCUGCUGCACGCGCUCGGCUUCUACCACCAGCAGAGCGCCACGGAGCGGGAUGAGUACGUCAAGAUCAACUGGGAGAACAUCCUCGACGGGCACGCGCACAACUUCAACAAGUACGCCCGCACCCACAUCACCAACUUCGGCGUGGAGUACGACUACCAGAGCGUCAUGCACUACAGCUCGCGGGCCUUCAGCAAGAACGGGAAGGCAACCAUAGAGCCACUGGAUCCGUACGCCUCGCUGGGCCAGAGACGCGGCCUCUCCGACAAGGAUGUGUCCAAGCUGAACGAGAUGUACGAACAGGACUGCAGCGAGGACUACCUGCUCAACUUCGACCGCUUCGGGAACUACAUCGACGAACUGCUCGACUACUUCCAGGGCAACAUUCAGGAUCUGCUCGGAUAGAGACGCCUGAGGCCAAUAAA